AAUGUCAUCUUGUUACGUUUCACACAAUUAUCUGAACUGUAUCUCCUCUCCCUUGAGCUAUGAAAUGCUGAUGUCACAUGUUGUAGACCAAGAAAUGGGGUUUGAAGUGUCGGGAGGGUGUGUAUGUUAGCAUGUGUGUGUGUGCACUCCCCACUGAGACGUUUAGUGGGUGACACAUUGAACUGAAGUCAGGAAUGCUACCCUGUGAGAAGAGGAAAAGAGGGAGAAAACAACAAUGGAAGGGGGAGGAGAGAGAGAGAGAGACAGACAGAGAGAGAGAGAGAGGAAGAAAUGAAAGAGUACAAGAGGAUAAACCAGUGUGGCAGGUUUGCGUCACUGUACGCAGUCCAUCAUGCAAAGCUGAUGGAAAGAGAAGAAGACGGAGAGAGGGGAGUUAGGAGCUGAUGUCACUGCAGAGCGCUGCCUUUUACACAAACCUGUGUCAACAACAUGGUCUAGGACGCCUUUCCAAAAAAAGGCAAUGGGAGCUGUUUGCUGAGGUCGUGCUGAGAAGCAGAGGACAUCUGGGGACAAAACAACAAAAAGAGGAGCCCAGAGGAGUCAUCACUUCUAUACCACAUAACGGAGACCCAUCAGGGUCAUUGCCCCUUUUUCAUCAGAGGAUUUGUGUCACUGGAAAAAUCUAUCGGCAAUAUCUUAUUGCUUUUUCCACAGUGCAAUUAAAAAGACAAUUACAUUGAAUCUCUUAAAUAUCAAGUUCUCUUUUUGGGAUUUGGCACUUGACAGGAGGUUGUUAACGUUGUUUACUCUCAGACAAUGGACUUGACCUUGCUCUCUGCUCCAGUGAGCGACUACAACAAGCAGAGGACAGGAGCUCAUUUCACUGUCCGAUCAGCAAACUCCCCAUCUUACAGUCUCACCCGCAGACCAGGUAUUAGAAAAUCCAGGACGCUGUGCCAGGAGGACAGAGAAGACACUGAGGAAGUUGGAAAUAGAGACAGACAUGGGACGAAUGGUGCAAGCAAAGAGGAUCGCUCAGCGUCUGGUUGUCAAAGUAGGACCUCAGGCUACAGCAGUGUCAGACGUCAGAGUGAGGAGAGGGAAAUGUCAGACCAUAGACUGUCCACCAAGAUGAACCAUAAUGGCAUAGCAGGCAAAACAAGCACAGAGUCUGGCACUGACAGAAGUGUAAACUUUGCAUCUGAAAGCCGGGGCAGGACAGAAUGGAGGAGAUCCAACCUGACAAGCAGAAGUAAGAGUUUAGACUGGAGAGCAGGGGGGAGAAGCCCUGAGCGUUGCACCAGGACUGACAUGUUGUCAAGAAAACCAGGAGAGGACGUCAGUAAACAGGUUCGAGGAAAUGACAGCGUGAGAAGCAGGGUAAUGUCAACGGUACAGGCUUAUAACUCUGCAGGUACAAGUACUGACUCAGACCAGACUUUGGACAGAGCCAGCAGAGGUCAUUCCCUGCCCUCCAAGUUGAGGAGCCAAUCUAAGGAGGUAGCUGCUUCAUUUGGGCCCAAAGGAGGUCAGAGUAUAUUGGAGCGGAUAGAGAAACUCUUCGGGUCGUCUGGUUUGAGUAAAACAGAAGAUCACAGCAAAACUAGGCACUUAUCUGGGGGAACCUUUCCAAGGCGUUUUUCAUCAGAGAGAGAGACGUAUAAUCUGAGUCCAGGGCAAACUAGGGAAUCAUUCAGCUGGUUAUCUCCAAAAGAUCCCAUAUCUGCAGAUUCUGACGCACUGUUUUCCCCUGGGACAAGUAAGACCAGGGUAACAUCAGGAUCAGGAGGGGGACAGUGGCAAAGACCAAUCAGUGGCAGGCACUUUGAUGAAGGGAGUGUUUACCAAGGUAGAGGGUGGGAGGAGCUGGGCACAAGGUCUCUGGAUAGAGCCAGGAGUAAAUACACUAUAGCAGCCAAAAUCAGAGCUGCUCGAGCUGCAGAAGAAAGUGCACCCCCAGCACAUUCACACACUUUCCUAAAAGAGUUAUCAGAGGUGUCUGAUAAACAUCAAUUUGCUUCAAGACCGCAAGGACAAAAUGGAAGCAAAGAGAAAGACGGGACAAACAAUGAAGAAAGAGAGAGUGAAACAGAUGGUUUGAGUGGGGUGUUAAAAGAAAGAAAUCCUAUUAAAAUGGAUCAAAUUAAGGAGCAGAAACAAGAGAAAAUGACAGAGGGUGAGUUAAAAGAAGAGAAAAAAAGAAAAGACACUGAUCUGAAGAGAAGUAGAACUGAUGAAGAAGACGUGUUUGAGACAAAUCCACUGAAAAUCAGACUCAAAACAGUUGAGAAGAAGUCAUUUACCAAUAAGUCAUCCGCUCCUUCUGCAGCUAAUGUCAGAAAUAAAAUAAAUCAGUUUGAAGCUCUGACACAGAGAGCACAGGGUUUGACCACAGGCCAGGUCCUGAUACCCAGACGGACUUUUUCUGUGCCAACACACCUCAGCAGGGCCUACGAUGGUGUGAAGAAGAGUGGGUCAGCAAAAGCAAUAGGAGGACUGAAAGACAAGUGGGAGGGACUGAGGGAGAGAGAGGAAGACAAAAUGUCAAACACGCACAAGAAGUUUGGGUUUGAGAGAGUUCUGCAAGAGACCAAAACUGAAAACCCAGACCAGAGCAAGGAGGUCCAGAGGGGGUUGAACCUUAGGUCAAUGUCAGUGGAUGAAGCUGGACUAAGAUUAACAAAUAAAGAAAGACGAGGUACUGAUGUAGCAGACAAGGAAGAAAAAAAUGUCAACACUGGUAACAAAUGUUCAGAGGAUUUGGGUAAAUAUUCCAGACUAAAGGAAACACUAGACAUCCCACUGCAUGGAGGUUCACAAACACAAAAUUCUGUAAAGUUUUAUGUGGAUGAGACAGAUUUUUCAAAAGUCUCAAGCCCCAAAGAAGUGAAACAGAAACUUACAACUGACAGUACAACGUCUUCAUUACUGUCAGACUGUGGAGAUACUUCUACUGGUAUGCUUCAACGCUCUGAGCCCUCUGAGCCCUCUGGUCUGCAGAAUACACCUGUUAGUGAUGAUGAGAAGACUCCCACUAACACCCCAGACAACUCACCCUUCCUGUCCCCUGAUCCACAACCACAAAUGUCCAGUCCCUUUGGGGAAAAUGAAAAUGAAGACAGCUCUGUCUUCAUACAGGAAGCCAAACCUCUGGACAGUGAAUCCACACCCACUCCUCUCGCCACCUCCUCGUAUAUCACCCUACCUGACCUCAUCUCUCCAGAUUCCAACCAAGUCCUUCCAAAAGGGAAGAAACGGGUGCUGGACUUGGAUGCUUGGGUUGCUGGCUUAAAUCCACAAAUUAAGGGAUGGGAGGAUGAUGAAGAUGAUGAUGAUGAUGAUGAUGAUGAUGAAAGUACACAGAAGGAUGAUGAUUCAAACUAUGAUUCAGACUCUGGAGAAUCCUCAGUGACCAUCACCAGCAACAUGAGCCAGUCAGACCACAAGAGCUUCAGCGUCAGUCUUGCAGAUCUGUGUAACUUUGCUGGAAUGGACUACGAAUCAGAGACUGAUAGUGAUGAAUGGCAGUCAACAGGCCGCCGCUCAGCCUCCUUGAGUUCAGAUGUGUCUGCUCUGUCCUAUGUGUCUGUGAUGCCCAGCGAGGAGCUUGACAGGCUGAUAGAUGAUGUGAAAGGCCUGGGGGACAACGCCCUCCAGGGGUGUGAAGAUGUGCAGGUGGUUGUUCUCCAUAAGGACGUGGGAGUGGGACUGGGCUUCAGUAUGGCAGGAGGUGUGGACCAGAACAAACCAGUCACUGUUCACAAAGUGUUUCAUUCAGGUGUGGCCGCCCAGGAAGGCUCCAUACGAGAGGGGGACCAGGUCUUAUCAAUAAAUGGUACAGCUUUAGGGGGUUAUGCCCACUGGGAGGCCCUGAGGGUCCUGAGACGGGCAAAGAGCCGUGAGAUGGGGGUGGUGGUCCUGAAGAGAGGUGGGAUUACCACUGUCUCAAAGGGGAGCGUUUUGACAAAUAAUCAGGAACCAACACCAACUGAAGACACUGAAACAGGUGAAUGUGUGUGUGUCCAGCUGGAGAAGAACAACAGGGACCUGGGCUUCAGUCUGGAGGGAGGAGUAGGCUCCAGUAUGGGAAAUAAACCACUUUCUGUACAGAAGAUCUUCCAAGGAGGUCCUGUUGACAAAGUGUGUCCUGGUGAUGAGGUACUGGAGAUUGAAGGUUUGAGUGUGGUGGGGAUGAGACGUCUGGAGGCCUGGACUUUGAUCCGAAAACUUCCUCCUGGUCCUGUGAACGUGGUUCUGCGCCGAUCCUCUAAACACCCGAAUACAUGAGGAUUAAUGAAGUGCUUUAUGUCAGCUAAAAUUCAGGGAAAGAUAUUGGAGAAAGUCAUAAAACCAUUUGAUAUGAAUUAACUGGGGCAGUAGAUUUUCCUUUUAGAUAAUCUAUAUACAGUAACAAAGCUAAUAGGAAAAUAACAUUAGUAAUCAGGUAGACGGUGUUAACUCUUUCAUCUUUAUAGAUUACAUCUACCUCAUGGCCCUGGUCAUUAUUUUAUCAGCCAUAAUUCCAGUGCACUGAUGAGCUCACACAUUUAUCAUGUUUGACACCUGCAGGAAAAGAUAGAAUGGCCAAAUACAAGCCAGUGAUGCGCCACCUGUAUGGAAAAAAUGUUGUUGCACAUUAAGUAUUAUAUUGUAAAUAAAAGCUAAUUGCAUUAAGAGUUUAUAUUGAUUUUUAAUAAAUUCUAACUUGCAUAAA